AGUGAUCAAGCAGUUUUUCAUAAGGUAGUUUCUUCACUUGAAAAUGCUCUGUUCAUAAAUAUAAAGGUUAAAGAAUUUGUUAUCUUCUAGUUGGAUUAUUUUUCGGAAUUCGAGAGUUUAUUAAUGAACAAAAUAUGCCCGCAUCAGUGCGACCCAAAGGGUCAGGUAGUAGCAGAAAUACGACUGUAGCCCCAAUGUCUGAAAGACAACAAAUGGCUUUGUUGAUGCAGAUGACGUCCAGCUCCAAUGAGACGGGUUCGAGAAGCCCCAGUUCAAAUUCUCGCUUGAGGGAUCGCAAUGAAAGAGGUGAAACUCCCUUGCAUUUAGCGGCUAUUAAAGGGGACGUUGAGCAAGUGUGUAAAUUGUUGGCACAUCGUGCAGAUCCAAAUGUAGCUGAUUUUGCUGGUUGGACCCCCCUUCAUGAGGCCUGCAAUCAUGGGUGGUAUGAAGUGGCUUACAGGUUGGUACAAGCUGGAGCCAAUGUCAAUGCCAGAGGCCUAGAUAAUGAUACUCCUCUUCAUGAUGCAGCCAUAAAUGGCCACUUGCAACUAAUCAAACUCCUAGUUGAACAUGGAGCUGAUAUUCAUGCCAAGAACUCUAAAGGGAAAGCUCCUUUGGAUGUUGCUCCACCCAUGGUUAAACCAUACCUUCUGAACACCAACUUGCCUCUGCCAGAAAACACAUCUAGCAGCAGGCCCCCACCGCGCACCUCGAGGGAUGACAAGAAACCCCCGCCCAGCGAUCUCCCGUCCACCUCCGCCACCUCCAACCCAAAACCCCCCAAAGACGAGCCCAUGGAGCAAAAGCCGCCGGCCGAUGACGCGUUCGAGUUCAAGGCCGUGAAAGAGGGCGAUCCGGCGCCGGCCGAUCAGGCGGUCGACGCGCCGGACGCCGGCGCCGGAACGGAGGACGCGCCGGGCACUGCAAUGGAACAGGGGGAGGAGGCUGGAGCUGGCAAGAGAGGGUUUUCGGAAGCGAACGAGGGAGCGGAGGAGGGGAAUGUGGCGGCAGGCGGUGCUGAGGAGGAAAGUCGAAGGAAGAAACGUAAGGAGGAGAACGCAAAAGAGGGGAAGACCGCUACACAGAGGAAUACAGGUCAAACUAAAGGACAGAACAGUAAGCAGUCUGCGGGAAGCCAAAACAAGGCUGGUGCCUCCAAUUCAACCAAAGGUGGCAACGACAAGAAAAGUCCUUGCUCCAGCCCGAAACCAUCCUCCACAGAUGCAGACAGCGAAGACGGAAAAACAGAUUUGAAGGUACCUCCAUUAAAAAUAGUCAUCCCUCAAACGAGUAACAGCGAACAGGACAACGGCGCAGGCAGGAACGGAAAGAGCAGCUCUCAGAGAGCCCACCAAGCUCUACCUUACGUCGUCGCCAGUUCGAGCAACAGCGAUGCUAAUAGCGAAAAAGACAGCUCUUCGACGGCAGCGGGUAAUUCCGAGUCGGGGUUGGUUUCCAACAAGGGCGAUGAGAAGAAAGAUGCAGCCAGUAACAGUACUGAUGAGGUACCGUCGACCGCAGAGCCGGACCCGCCACCGAUCGCCUCUACCUCCGCCACCGCCUCCGCUGCGUCGACGCCUUCCCAGCCAAGCGCUGCCCCUUUGCCCCCGCCGCCGCCGCCCCCAUCUGCUGCCGCGCCUCCCGUCGAGCUGCAUCCGCGCAAGCGCAAGAUGAAGCAGAGCAGGGGCGAGGGAGUGGGCGGGGCUGCGGGGGCGGUCGGCGGCACACCUGUCGCUCCGCCCUCGGAGCCGCAGGACGCGCUCGCCGCUGAUGCGCAGGCGCAGGCGGUGCACCCGCACGACCAGCCCAUCACCAAUUGCUACCAGCUAUACUUGAAUAUCAGGAAUCAGAUAGCGAAGCGCCGCCGCGGGCUGUUCCCUGUGCAGCCGAAGCCGCCGCAGGGCUUCAAGGACUACCUGAUGAACCGGUGCACGUACGUGCUGGCGGGCACCGCGCCCACCACCCCCAACGUCGCCCAUCCGCCCACCUUGCCGCAGCAGAUGAAGGAGCUGUUCACCGAGCAGGAGAAGGAGAGAUACAGACUGAGGACGCAGCAUGUUAUAGAAAAAGAGAAACUUGUUUUGUCUGUGGAGCAAGAAAUUCUGAGAGUGCACGGAAGGGCGGCCAGAGCCCUGGCGAAUCAGUCCCUGCCGUUUUCUGUGUGCACCAUUUUGAGAGAUGAGGAAGUUUAUAAUCUUAUAACUCCCGAGCAAGAAGAGAAAGAUCGGAAUGCUCGAUCGCGAUACAACGGGCGAUUAUUUUUGAGUUGGUUGCAAGACGUAGACGACAAAUGGGAGAAGAUAAAAGAAGGUAUGUUGUUGAGGCAUCACAAUGAAGCAGAGUCUCUACAUGCUGUCCAGAAGAUGGAUUGGGAAUGGAAGAUGAAAGAACUUAGUUUGUGUGACCGUAAAAUUACGCCCAAGAUAGAGGAAGCUCAUGUUCCAAUGGUUCAUGUAUCUGAUGACUUUGAUCUUUUACCUGCCUAGGGCAUGUAAAUAUUUUAUCAUCUUAAUUAUCGGUGAAAUUUGUAUAUUUUUGUGAAUAUAUUUUUGUUG